UUCAAGGCGGGCUGUACUUGAUAAUAUAUACGAAAUUAAAACAUUACAUUUCCACUGCAAAGCAGAUGUGCCUAUAGAUACGACGUUAGACUUGAAUAACAGCACUACAGUAGUAAAAAUAUUGAAACCAAACUUUUUAUUUAGUUUUCAACUAUGACAUCGUUCAAACUGGAMAAACGUCUGCUAACCGUCAUCUUUCUAGCGACUGUYAUUUUUACCACGUGUGAUUACGCCGCUUGCUUGGAGUCCUCAAGCAGAAUUAAGGAAUUUGGCUAUCCUCUGAUGACGUAUCAAGUCAGGACUAUUGACAAAUAUCAGUUGGGCAUAGAACGAAUACCRUACAGUAAACACCGUAAUAACACAUCUACCGGCAAACCAGUCUUGUUAUUACACGGUCUGUACUUAUCGUCAGCUAUAUUCACAAUAAACAACUCGUCCCUCAGUUUUGUUCUAUCGGAUGCCGGUUUUGACGUUUGGCUGUUCAACGCCAGAGCUGUUGGACUUUCGAGAAAACUCAGUAUUUAUAAGAAACCUGGAUCGUCGCCAAAAAUGAAUAGCAUUUCAUGGGAUUUCAGUUUUCAUGAAAUGGGUGUAUACGAUAUGACUACUACUAUAGAUUUCAUACUAAAAAAUACUGGCUAUUCUAAAUUGGAUGUGGUGGGCUACUCUCUUGGUACAACAAUAUCUCUUGUAUGUCUAACCGAUAGACCAGAAUACAAUUCUAAAAUCAACAAACUUGUACUAAUGGCUCCAACGUCCAGGCUUAAAUCAUCAGGCAUGCCACUAAAGAUGUUGAGACAAUAUUCCAGUUUCUUAAAAAUUUUCCUAGAUGGCGUUAAUUUCUUUCCAAUUACUCAUGAUCCAGACACCACGUAUAAAUUAAUUAGGCGUUUGUGUACGAUUAAAAUCGCCUUUMAAUAUUGCAGACAAUUUAUUGAUUUCUCUCAAGGAAUCAAUUUACCGAUYGACAAUAACACAAUUUUAGACAUUGUCUCGGAAUUUCCACAGCCWAUGUCUUCUAAAACCUUGAAACACAUGUUGCAACUAUUGACAUCCGGAAAAUUUUCCCAUUAUGACUAUGGACCGUCUGGGAACUUGUUUCACUACCACACAAAAACGGCACCGGAUUACGAUCUGUCCAGAAUUACUGCCCCCACAUACGUUAUAUAUUCCAAAGAGGAUUCAUUAGUUCGUCCAGUGGAUGUUGAAUGGCUCAUAACACAGUUACCAAAUAUUAAGGAUGUACACUACAUUGACAAAAUACCAUUUGGUCAUUUCAGUUUUUCAUUAAGUCCAAUUAUGAAGGAAGUCGUAAAUAUGUAUAUAACAAAUAAAUUAUUAGAUAGCUAAUAUUAUAAU